AUGAGAGUCCUGGCUGCCAGAAGUCCCCGGAGCACUGGGGAGCAGCCCUCAUUGCCCCAGUGUUGGAUUUUCUACAGAGAUGUGCCUGAGCUUGUCAUCCUCUCCAGUGGGCCGGAUGAGGCAUCCUACCGCCACAAACUCUCUAACGCCAGCGCCGCCUCUCACUCGCCUAGCUCCAGCCGGAGGAAAAGCGUUCUUCUGGUGCGAGACAUUGCUCAGGACGUCAGAACAGAUCUGAGCUUCCAGAGUGCGGCUAUUGGCGCUUUGCAAAAGGCAAGCGAGGUCUAUCUGGUUGGCCUUUUUGAAGAUACCAACCUGUGUGCUAUCCAUGCCAGACAUAUAACAACUAUGCCAAAAGAUACCCAGCUAACACAAAGCUACACGGAGAUCGUGCUUAAGAGUCCACUAUGA